CACACAAAAAAUAUAUAAACUUAUUUUGUACGGGCCUAAUCUAAUUUCAUGAUUCCAUCUUUUGAUUGAAGCUUUGUUGUGUGCCUCCUGCCGUCCACUCUUCGGCUAUUCUGCUCCUCUCUCUCUCUCUCUCUCAGCGAGCUGCUAGAUCGACUGAGACUUCGAGCAGAUCUGUUUUUAGAUCGAGCGAGCUGCGAGAUCGAAUACUACAGAAAUGGCUUUGAAUGGAGCAGCUCCCCCAAGAGGAAGUGCAGCAGCUGCUGCUGCCAACCUGCGUAGGAGGAGAACAACAAGUGGUGGGUCUGCAGCUGGAGCUAGCGGCACCAUGCUGCAGUUCUACACAGAUGAUGCCCCAGGACUCAAGAUUUCUCCCAAUGUUGUUCUUGUCAUGAGCAUCGGUUUCAUUGCUUUUGUUGCCAUUCUGCACGUCAUGGGUAAGCUGUAUUUUGUUCGUAGAGAAGCUUAAGAAAGUGAUAUGUGUGGUGGAUUUUGAAUUUGAGGGAUUACAGAGAGAAACUAAAUGGUUGUAGACUUCUUUGAUAGAUUAUCUUUUUGCUCGUUUUGAAAAUUUUUAAUGCUUUUAGCAUCCUGAUCACAAAGGGCAAAAACUGGUCCAUUGGCGUUAUAGUAUCGUUUGAGGCUCAUACUGGUGAACACGAAUUCUGUUUUAUCAGUCUAUUUUCCUUGUUGCUUAGAACAUGAAAGGUAGCUUAAAAUAUGAAAUAACAAGCGGGAGAAACUCCUUGUUCUGGCAUUCCGUCUCAUUAAGCUCUUCAAAAAACUCAUGGUUACGUCAUAAAAAAUGUUUGGAGGAGUGUUAGGCCUGAAAUGAAUAGGUUGAGAGAUGGGCCUUGUUGGAUAAUUACCUUAUGCGUGAUCUACCACUGGUUCUAUGUCGUCUAUUGUUAGAAAGAUAGAUGAAAAAAGAACUCUUGCCGUUUUCAGAACUAGGAACCCUAGUUAUAGGUCACUUUUUACUAGGGUGGCAAUUGUGUCAUUUUGAGUUUGUAUCGAACAGUAAUCAAUUAUAACUCAACUCGU